AAUCUGAUGGCUCGGGCAAGCAAUCCCAUCGUGCUGAGCCCCCAGGCAGGGUGGGUGUGCCCAGGCGAAGGAGAUCAGCUCCGGAAGGCCUCUUCCACAGCUCACCACUGGAUGUCAGGGGAGAGCUCAUUCAGAUUCUGCCGACACAGACAACAGAAAAAUAUCAGAAAAACCGAACAGGGUUAAUCUAGGAUCUGUUCCCACGAGGGGAGGGACCGAAUCCUGUUCCAGCCCAGGCUACAAAAACCCUCUGCUUGCUCAGCCCUGCCCAGAGCCUCACUAGAACCGGGACCUCGUCCAUCAGUGGAGAAAAUUCAGUCCCUUCUCUUGGUUUUAGCGGCUGAAGCAAAGUCUCGGGGAGUUUCCCCCAGCAGCUGAUUUUGUUCCAGCAGCAAAGGCUGGUUUCCCCCGACCCACCAGGGGCUCCAGGACACAGGACGGUGCAUCAGCACAGGCUGUGUAAGGAUGACGGAAGAUUCAAAAACAUAUUGGGCUGAUUUGUUUUUAAAAUGGGGCAGGAAACUGCCCGGUCUGUCUGAGGAGGAAACUGAAAAAUUCCAGACCGCUGUCAAAGCUGGGAACUUCUCAGAAGCCCUUUCUGUGGUGAAGAUGUCUGAUGAGUUGCUAAGAAAUACCAAACUCAACAUCGCCAUCACAGGGAACGCAGGCGCUGGUAAGUCGUCCUUCAUCAAUGCCAUAAGAAGCCUGAAUGAUGAUGACCAAGAUGCUGCCCAGACUGGGGUGAUUGAAACAACAAAUAAUCCCACUUCCUAUCCCCAUCCCACACAACCAAAUGUGACUGUGUGGGACCUGCCUGGGAUUGGAACAACAAAUUUUCCAGCAGGAACAUACCUGAGCAAGAUGGAAUUUACUCGCUAUGAUUUCUUCAUCAUCAUCGCAGCUGGGCGCUUCACUGAAUCUGACACCAACCUCGCCAAAGAGAUCCAGAAGUUGGGGAAGAAGUUUUACUUUGUCCGCUCCAAGGUGGACACGGACUUGGCUAAUGAACGAAAAGGAAGACGGAAUUUCAAUGAACAGGAAAUUCUGCAGAAAAUCAGAAAUGACUGUGUGAAGAACCUGAAACAAUUAGAGCUGGACUCCCCACAGGUUUUCCUGGUCUCGAGAUGGGACUUUCACAAGUACGAUUCUCCCCAACUGCAGAAGACUUUGGCAAAUGACCUCGACACUCACAGGGGACAUGUUCUCUUCUGUGCCCUGCCCAGCACCUCUGAAGAAAUCUUGGAAGAGAAAAAGAAGGCCCUGCAGAAACAGAUCUGGAAACAAGCCCUGAUUUCGUGCACUAUCAAUGCCGUUACUUUCCCAUUUCUCUCUGUUGAGUGUGAUGUCAAGAUCUUGGUUGAGAACAUGACAAAGUACUGCAAGAGCUUUGGCUUGGAUGAAGAUUCACUCAAAUCAAUCGCUAAGCAGGUUAGGAAGUCUGUUGAUGAUCUGAAAUCUGUGAUGCAGUGUGCUCUGGCUAAAAAUAUAACAAGAGAAGAGGCUUUCAAGCGGCUCAUAGAGGCUACAGGGGAAGGUAUGAUCAAAGGUAAAUAUGUUAUCGACAUGAUACCACUGAUUGGUAUGGCAACAGCAGCAGUGCGAUCUUACAAAGUCAUCUAUGAAAUGCUACGUAGGUUUUUGGAUGAAGUUGCAGAAGACGCUCAACGAGUCCUGAAAAAGGCUUUGGAGGGAGCAGAGAAUAACCAAUAACAGUGUCGCAAAGCAGAGUUUCUCCUCAGCUUCCCAGGAUAAACUGCCACAGCCCCAGUCUCCUUUUUGCAAUUUUAUUUUCCCAAACUUGAACAAACCAAGAGACAAAACAAUUUCUCAGUUCACCCCUGCAGUGCUGACUGUGUGUGAAUUCUCAGCAGCACUAUGACCUGGCUAACUCGUAACAAUUAGAUUGUCCUAGCCAUAUUGAACAGAGCUGUGAGAAAUGUCACACACUGAGUACCGUAGUUAGUUCACCUAACCCUGGGGUAGAUGUGGCUAGUUCGAUGGAGGAAUUCUUCCGUCAACCUAUCUCCUGUCUCUUGGAAAGGUGGAGUAACGACAUCAAUGGAAAAAAUCCUUUCGUGAUGGCGAAAGCAGCUACUUUGGUGCUACAUCUGCAGUACUGGAACACCCGGAGUGCAGACAUGGCCUACGGGUUGCCUGCACUAGGGAGACUGUCUCAGUGUAGCUGCAUUGCCGUAGCUAUGUCAGCAGAGAAGCAACCUCAGAAUUCCAGCGAGGCUGUGGACGCUCUGAACGGGUAUUUUAACCUCUUGGGGAAUAUGUGUCAGGGAAGGAAAACACACAGACUUUGGCAAAGGAAAUUCUUAACCACAGACAGCAACCAGCAGACAUGUGCUCCUCUUGCAAAACUCCAUCCCUCAGCAACACAGGGCUCAGUAUGACUCCAUUGUUUCAUACGGGGGUGGGGUCAACCAUUAACUGUCAUCACAAAGUCAGCAGACCUUGCUUGUCAUCUCGAUGGCUCUCUGUUCUAGUGCUCUAUGGAGUGUUAAGCUUCCCCCCCCUGCCCCCAGCAGGGAGCUGUCUCGGUUUUGCCUCACAACAGGCUGUGCACGAAUAAGAUUAAACUGGAUGUCAGCCCAGGCCACAAAAUUGUGAACAGAAUCGAACAUGGAAGCCUGCAAACAAAAUUAUGUGUGUCUGUGUGCGUAUACCUCACACAGACACACAGAAUGGAGGAUGUAUAGUGGACACGGGCACAUAAAAUGGAUGUUGUAUAGUGGACACAGAUACACAAAAUGGCUGACGUAACUUUGGUUCAGACCUUCCACUAUCCGUCACGUCCACAUUCUGAGAAGCAAGACAAUAACAACCUGGGAGCUGUAGCCUGCUCAGUGACCCAGAUAGCAGCUCUCAAAUUUCUUUUGGCCCAAUCCUCUAAUUUGUCUAGGUCCCUCUGUAUCCUAUCCCUACCCUCCAGCGUAUCUACCACUCCUCCCAGUUUAGUGUCAUCUGCAAACUUGCUGAGAGUGC